AUUCAAAAUGCACGCUACCACCAUCCUCGCUCUUGCUGGCCUUGCUGCCGCCUCUCCCCUUGAGCGCCGCUACGGCAACACCUACAAGCCCUACAACGGCAACGGCUCUACUGCUCAGGGCUGGCCUGCCCAGUCUGCCUGGGGCUCCUACGACCAGCUCUGGAACGACAACAAGCCCUUGAUGGAGAAGUCUUGCGGCUGGAACGGUUGGGGUGCCGACAACUCUGCUACUGAGAUCAACAACAUCAACUCUGCCAUCAAGCAGGUCGCCGGUGAGACUGGUGUCGACUCUCGCUUCAUCCUCGCCAUUGUCAUGCAGGAGUCCAAGGGCUGCGUCCGCGUUCCCACCACCAACAAUGGUGUCCGCAACCCUGGUCUGAUGCAGUCCCAUAACGGCUCUGGCUCUUGCGCUGGCAAGAACCCUUGCCCCAAGGCUGACAUCCUCCAGAUGAUCAGAGACGGUACUGCCGGUACCUCCGCUGGUGCUGGUGUCAAGGGCACCAUUGCCCAGGCUGCCAAGGACACUGGCGACAGCUCCGUUCGCAAGUUCUACGCCGGUGCUCGCGUCUACAACUCUGGCUCUGCCACCUACAGCAACCUCAAUGACGGCCGUGGCUCUACUCCUUGCUACGCCCAGGACGUUGCUAACCGCCUCACUGGCUGGACCCUUGCUGCUUCCAAGUGCUCUGUUUAAAUAGCGAGCUAAGAUGGAUCGCGGACAAGAGUUUUGAGGCAUUUCAUUUGUACAUGACUUUUUUCUGUAUAUAAAACCCUGUAUAUAUUCAAUCCAACCACAUACAUAUCUGCAUACAUCUGUUCUGAAUAUCUCUUCAUCCCGGUGCGAUUGUGGCGGUAGUGCAUGCAUAUAGUGUUGACAUGAGAUUGGAAUAUUCAAUACUGGUCUAU